AUGUACAUCGAUACCGAGGCUGCGAAUGAGGGCGCGAAGAAGCCGCAGGGGACCACACGUAGUCCGGCGAGGUAUACCGAGGAGAGAACGCCGCUGCUGGAUUCUUUUGUGGGACAGGAUGCGCCGCCGAGUUAUCUGGAGGCGACUACGCCGAUGGGGUGGAGAGGAGAAGGUGUAGGCUUGUUGAAUGAGGAGACAGCGGUGUUGACGCCGCUGAGGGAGGAGGGACACAAAGAUGGGAGAUAUCGACGGCGGAAUUGUAAGGCAUACUAUUCGAGAAAGAGGAUGCAGUGGUUGGCGGCAUUGUUUGUGAUGAUAAUAUUGGUCGCUAUCAUUGCGGUGCUGGCGCAUAGGAAUAACAAGUCGGCCGUGGUGACUCCCGUACCCGCACAACCUGCCGAAUCCGGGUCCCCAAUAUCAAAACCGUCGAAAGGCAAAGAAAGCUUUCCAAUCCGGUGGCCCGCCGCGUGUGGGAAGAAGAACUACAACAUCAAGAGCGAGGAGAUGAGCUUUGGCAAACCCGGUCAAUUGAACAUCGUGGAAGCUGUACAUCAGCUCGAUGGUCCUUGGAAGCGAGUCUCCGGCUGGAUCCACGUCACUCAAGCGCCGCCUGAACAGGCCGCUGGUACCAUCGAGGCCAAGAUAUCCUACGCUGCAACGAACACAGUCGACAUAGACAACAUUAAGUACUCGUGGUCGUCAACAGGCCUUACGAUCGGCGACCCAUCCUUUCCGGAUGGCUUCGAUGGAGUGCAAAGGGGUCAGUCGUGCUUAGGCGUCUCUGUCGUCCUAUACAUGGCUCCCGGCGUCACUCUCGAAAAUUUCAAUGUCCAGGCCAUACAUCUAGGCAUGCAGAUCCAUGAAGGCGUAAACUUCUCCGUCACGAACGGUACCUCCAUCACCCUGACCACCGGCACCCUCGACGCCACGUCCCUCAACUCCCGCGAGACACGCCUAGAAACCAUAUCUGGGUCUAUCAGCGGGAAGUACUCGCUUCUCGAUCUCCUAUCGAUCGUAACGAAGUCAGGCUCCGUGAACGUCAACAUCGAUCCCAAAGAGAAGGCCGCAGACGGACCAGCGGCGGCUCUGUUCUAUGCAAACACGAUGUCCGGUAGCAUUCGCGUCGACACAGAGCGCAAGAAAAUCCCCGAGCGCGACUACAUCGUCAGCAUCAACAGUACCGCCGGCUCCGUAGACGGCACCUUCAUCCACGGUUCCAAGACGGAGAUAUCCUCUGUCGCCGGUGGUAUCAACAUCGACUUGCUCCCUUAUUCCUCUGGCGAUUACAGCUCCUUACUCACAACGAAAUCAGUAGAUGGCGAGACGAAGAUCAAACUCAAAGCACCGUACAAGACGCCCGGGACGGCGAUGGGCAAACUGCUGAGCACGCAUACUAGUGUCAGUGGCCAGAUCGACCUCGCGUACCCGCAGGAAUGGGAGGGCCAUUUGGAGGGGCAGAGUGUGACGGGAGUACUGCACGUGCAGGGUAAAGAUUUGGAGCUAAUUCGACAAGAAGAGAGGCCUGGUUUGAACCGUGUUGAGGCGAAGAAAGGAAAUGGUGGCAGCACGAUGGUGUUCAAGACGCUUAAUGGGGGCUGCGACGUCUCGGUAGGAAGGAAGUAA